AUGGUUCAAACUAAUCGAAAUCUUAUUUCUAUUGUUCAGCAACCUGAAAUUGUUGUGCAGCCUGCACUUCAGGAAGAAGUUAAUGAUAUCCCAGCACCGCAAGGUUACAAAUUUGUAAUCACUGAGGAGUGCCCAGAAAAACCCGAUGAAGAUGCUACUGAUGAUCAGGUUAAGGCCUGUGACAAAUGGGUUAAGGCUGAUGAGAUGGCGCGAUGUUACAUUCUUACCUCUAUGGCGAAUGUUUUGCAACAUCAGCAUCAGUUUAUGGGGUCUGCUUAUGACAUGCUCAAAGGUCUCAAAGAGAUGUUCGGAUCAUCGGUCAGGGACCAUAUUCUGAAGAUGAUGGAUCUUCUUAAUGAACUGGAGGUCCUUGGAGCUGUGAUUGAUAAGGAAUCUCAAGUUGAGAUGGUCCUGCAGACUUUGCAUGACAGUUUUCAAUAA